CAUUUCAUUCAAGAGAUUCAUUGGCCUCUGAUCCCAUAUCGUUUCAUUUUACAUAUUUUGAUUGACGAUGGAACGCCCCAUAGUUCAUAUUACUCCGAAUUGUUUAGUAGAAGGAGGAAGAAUUCAAAAUGAGCAAUUAUCUCGAGAUGUCGACUAUUUUCUUGGUAUACCUUAUGGAGAAGCAGUUAGGUUUGAGAGACCUACCUUCGCCAAAUUAUGGGCUGGAAUAAGGUUGGCAACGACUAAAGGAAAGAUAUGUCCACAAGAUUUUCAAAUGUACAAGCACAACUUUCUCCCCCUUCCUAUUCCCGACGAAGAGACAGAUAUGAGCGAAGAUUGUCUAUCGCUUAAUAUAUGGAGACCAUCCGAUGUGAAAGAGGGUGAAAAAUUGCCUGUCCUCGUUUGGUUAUGUUCAGCCCAUUUCAAGACAGGAUCAGCAAAUACUUAUUCUGGUGAAGUAUUUAGUUCAAUUAAUAGAGCAAUUGUUGUAUCUAUUAACUACAGACUCGGAGUUUUAGGAUUUGCGUGUUCACAUGAUGGAGUAUUGGAGGGAAAUUAUAUGCUUCUCGAUCAUAUUUUGGCCCUUAAAUGGAUUCAAAAGUAUAUUGAAGGAUUUGGGGGUGACAAGGAUAAUGUUACCCUUCAUGGAGUUAGCUCAUCAUCAAUUUUAGCAUCAGUUCAUUUAAUUUCUCAAAAAUCUAAGGGUCUUUUCCAUAAAAUGAUUCUUCAAAGCGGAUCAAUACUUGGCCCUUGUACAACACCUUGUACUAGAAAAUUUAUGGCUGAUCUUAUUCUGUCGGCCGCCAAGCAUAAAGGAUACAAUGGUUCUGCGAAUGGAGAAGAACUAAAGUCUUUUUUGCAAGCUUUGCCGAUUCAUGAACUUACCCAUAUUUUGCAUCCAAAUACCAUGUUAACACCAGUUAUAGAUGGUUACGUUAUCGAAGAAGAGCCUGAUUUGAUCUAUGAGAAAGAGCUAUAUUCAAAAGUACCUGUACUGGGUGGUGUAACCAGCGACGAAGGAUUCGCCUUUUUAGCAUUGCUGCUAAAAAAGGCCGGGAAUAAAAUAAAAAAUGAAUAUCAUUUUAAAGAUUUAGUAGUUAAAAUCUCGAGAAUGCUUGGGUAUAAAUAUUGCUCGGAUGAAACUGGAAGUGAGAUGUGCGAUAUGAUAAUGAAAAUCUAUCAACCCAAAGCAAAACUAAGCGAGAACUUUAUGAAAAGCUGUAGCAAGGUGAACGGAGAUAUGGCAAUUGUAGCACCAAUGUAUAAACAACUUCAGGUUCUUAAGGAUUGCACUACCUAUGCGUAUGAAAUACAUUACAGGCCUUCGUAUUAUACGGGACCUGAAUGGAUAGGUAUGCCACACGCCAACGAUCUGUCGUACGUUUUCGGCGACCCUUUUCUAAGUAGAUACUUAAAUAAAUGGACCGAUUCUGAUAAGCAAUUUAGCCGAAAUUUAAUGGAAAGAUGGGGAGAAUUCAUAAAAACUGGUGAACUUACUGAUUGGAAACCCUUCAAUUUGGAUAAUAAAUCUAUCAAAAUCUUAAAAAGCGAUGAUGAUAGAAUGCCCAAGGAGGCUGUUUUUAAGAAGAAAAACAUGAAAUUCUGGAAUAAUGAAAUAUAUCGCUUAAUUAAGGAUGAUGAGUCUCCCAUCACUGACGAAGAAUUUAAUAUCGAUGAUUAUAUGUUUCUAGUAAUCGCUGCCUUUGAAGGAGCAAUAUUUUAA